AUGACAAAUGCGGGCACCGACCGAUGGCGGUUGGUGCUGUCCGACGGGCAGCACUUCGCACAGUCCAUGCUGGCCACCCAGCAGAACGAGAUGAUCUCCAGCGGUGAUCUGAAGGAGCUGUGCAUCAUCACCCUCAGCGACUACAUCGUCAAUGUCGUACAGAACAAGAGGCUUAUCAUCCUGUUGAAGCUCGACGUUACUUCUGGUCCUACGCCCAAGAUUGGCGACCCGAUCAAUUUCUCGGAGGAUUCUUCGGCGGGGGUGAAGCAAGAGCUGGGAGGCGGCAGCAGCAACAACAACACCGGCAAUUACGGUGGGGGUUCGAAGCCGAACACCGGGGGAUACGGAGCAGGACGGGACGUCAAGCCGAAGGUGGCAAACAACCCCUACGGCGCCGCCAACAAACAGGCGAACAACCCUUACGCAGGCGGCGGUAACAACAACAGCUACGGCGGGGGAGGGGGAAACUACGGCGGCGGGGGCGGGGCGCGGGACGGCGCAGCCAACAACCCUUACGCUAACCGCGGAAGCUCGAACAGCGGGCCGGUGCAGAGGCAAAGCCAGGACAGCGCGUACAUGCCGAUAUCGGCGAUCAACCCCUACCAGAACCGCUGGACGAUCAAGGCCAGCUACGUAUGA